AUGACCAAUUCUCUGGGCCAUCAGCGCCUAUCACUCUUGAACCUAUUUGUGCUUUUCUCUUUCCUUCUCCACUCCUCACUUGUCCUGAGUUAUGCUCAUAGUCAUGCCAAACAUGACCAUCUUCAUCACCUCCAUGGGCAAUCUCUCCGAGCAGCAACCUUAGCCACAACAAAGGCUACGUCCACGGGCCAGGACGACUUUACCUGUGGCCCGGAUAAGCCAUGCUCCAACGAAGCUUGCUGCGGCGAGGAUGGCUGGUGCGGCUACGGUCCCAAUUACUGCGGUGAUGGCUGCCAAUCCAACUGUGACGCCAAGGCUGAGUGCGGCCAGUUCGCUGCAACGGCUGGCAAGACGUGUCCUCUCAAUGUCUGUUGCUCGCAGCACGGCUUCUGUGGCACGACGGCCGACUUUUGCAAUGACGGCUGCCAGUCCAAUUGCGAUAGCCCCAAGCCUAACGCAGCCGCUUCAGACCCGCAGAAGGUCGUCAUCGGAUAUUGGGAGACGUGGAAUAUGGACAAACCUUGCGGCACUAUGGGCCCAGGAGAGAUCCCUGUUGAGCUGCUCACUCAUCUUUUUGUCUCCUUUGGCUAUAUCAACGCUGAUUUUCAAGUAACUAAUAUGGAUGGCAUCGAUCCAGCUAUCUACAAGACUAUCGGCAACGUCAAAGCUCGGAACCCUAACCUCAAGAUUGUCAUUGCCCUCGGUGGCUGGACCUUUAGUGACCCUGGCCCUUGGCAAGAUAAGUUCCCUUCACUUGCGUCCACCAAGGAGAACAGAGCCACCUUUAUCAACAACCUGUUGGGAUUUCUCUCCGAAUAUGGCUACGAUGGUGUCGACUGGGAAUACCCCGGCGCUGAUGACCGCGGCGGUGCGGACGGGGAUGGUGCGAACUACGUGGCUCUGAUGAAAGAGCUGCGGGAGGCUAUCAAUUCCAGAGGCCGCGACUAUAUUGUCACUUUCACUGCACCUUCUUCGUACUGGUACCUUCGCCACUUUGAUCUCAAAGGCAUGGAGACCUAUGUUGAUUGGAUCAAUCUCAUGUCCUAUGACCUACAUGGUGUCUGGGAUAGCGAUAAUCCCAUCGGAAAUCAAGUUCUGUCGCAUACGAACCUGACGGAAAUCGAUUAUGCCUUGGACCUGUUCUGGCGCGUUGGUGUCGAGCCUUCUAGCAUUGUGCUCGGCCUGGGCUUCUAUGGCCGAUCGUUUGAGCUCGAGUCUGCCUCAUGCUGGAAGCCCGGCUGUGCCUUUAAGGGCCCUGGCUCGCCUGGCCGAUGUUCUAACACGGCUGGAAUUCUCUCAUAUGCUGCCUCGUCUUAUCAUAAUUCCUGGGGCAUAGAGAUUAUGGAGAUACUGGACAAAACCGGCGGAACUCCUUACUUUGAUGAGACUGCGGCUUCCCGAUACAUGGUCUACGACGGCCACAGCUGGAUCUCCUUCGAUGAUGCCGAGACUUUCCAGAUGAAGAUUGAUUACGCAAGCAAGAUGGGUCUUCAUGGUCUCAUGAUCUGGGCUAUUGAUCUCGACACGCCCAACCUCGAAGCCCUGCGAUCCAUAUCCAAUGGCGAACUCAUCGGAGCCACCAAAACCCCCUUCUCGCUAGUCGACCUCGAGCGCAUCUUCCCUGCUGAGAUGCUCCCCCCUGACGAUGCUGAAAAGGAUUAUGCUCUCAUCAACUUUGGCAGCAACGCCAAUGCUGGUGAGAUUGAUCCUAACCAGACUGGGUUCGGUUUCGUACUCAUCACGGGCGACUCGGCGGCCGUGUCUUCUCUCAAGAAACGGGAGGACGAGCCGGAACCUCUAGUCUUCCUCGACUGCCCUGCAGACGUGCUCGAGCAACCCGAGAACGAGACCCGAGUAGCUAGGGUCGUGUGUCUCAGUGAAAACGUCGAGGGCUGCUUCCGAGUUAUGGAGCGAGGUGUCGAAGGAACCAUUGUCGAGAUGCCCGACAAUUUGCACGCACAGUGCGCCCCCAACUCGCUGGCGCGAGCCAUCUCGCUAACAGAGUCCAAAGAUCAAAGCCUACCAUCCACCCAGUCACGCAGAGCUGUCACGUCAAAGGUCUUUGACUUCGCUUUUGAUAUGAACCUGAACAAGACGAGGCGAGACACUGGGGACCUCAAGGUCCGCGUCGACUACUCCAACGUGGGAGGCUACUGGAAUGCCGCUGUCGACUCCCUAGGAAUCCAAGCGGACGAUUCUUUGCAACGUAGGAUUGCAAAGCGCUUUUUUGCCGAAAGCCAGGCCGACUGGCGGACCAUGUACCAGGAUGCCGAAGUGCAUAAAAGCGAUGGCGAGAGAUUUGUCAACGAAGAGAUUGACACUCCUCUCUUCUGGGACACGACCCAGGAUUGUGAGUUCGAAGGGGAGGACUACGAGCUUGGGUUUGGAGCCCAUGUCGGAGGCAAGAUCAAAGCCGAUUUUACGUACGGCUUCUCAAUGAUAGCCGAACUAAGCAACAUAUUGAACGUGAGACAAGCCAAUGGCUGGCUCAACGUCGAUGGAGAGUCAGAUCUCAACUUUUCUAUCGGAGGCGUCGGCGAGGUUGACUUUGACUUGGCUAAAAAGGGCAAUCCAACAUCCACCGAAAACAAGCCCGUCAAGCUCAAGGGCCACACGCUGCACCCAUCUGGAAAUAGCCGGCUAUCCUUCCAACCUUACUACAAGAUCGACUACACGCUCGGAUCCUUCAAUAACACCGACGGGGAAGCCGGUAGCGAUAGCGCCCCCUACUUUGACGGGAAGCUCAGCACUCGCAUCAAGUCAGACUUUGGAGGCUUUAAUAUGAACUUCCCACCCAACCCGUCGGACAAGCUGGGCACCAGGAAUGUCGACCGUGAGAGCAACAGGAUCUCUAUGGGUAACGACAAUAUCAUCUACAACUCUGGAGGUGCUGGGGGGCGGUUUGCCCUUGGCGCUUUCUUAAGCUUCGGCGUAAAGAUUGAUCUAGGAUUGUUUAAGGACCGGCGCCACCUCAACAUUCCCAUUAUCGAUAUGUCGAUGGAUUACAGAACGGUCACGGAGUGGAGCUUCUUCCCGUCUCCAGACUUUACCCCUGAGACGUGUCUGAAUACUAGUGUUGUAACGAUCGCGCUCCAGAACUACGAAAUGGAUGACGACAAAACCAUUGGCUGGAGCGAAUCUGAAGCUCUUCCAUACAUUGUCAGCGAUAGCCAAAGAAAAGGAGGCGACAGUUCGUGCUACCAGGACCAGCCAUCUUUGGGCGCGGAUAUGGCAUGGGGCUACGGCUCCGACUCCAACAUCAACCCACUGACGUACAUGGACGAGGAAGCUGCCAAGGCAAUCGAGGGCUCCGAUGAAGAGCUGUCGUGCCCUACCUGCCUGGUUUGUGGCAAGAACCGCAAGACCGGGACCCCCUGCUGCGGCUGCGCCAAUAUGGACCUUGAGCUUGGUGACACCGAUAUUCCCGACUACAAGAGCUACAGGCCGGAAGUCGACACUGGGGGCCCCUGGCCCUGGCCAGGAUAUCAGUCAACGAGCUCGCUGUCCAGGAGGGGACAGCCAGAUCCUAUGGACGGUCAGCAGUGGUCUAGGCUGGAAAGCCGCAUAGAUGGCCAAGCGACAAUGACAGGCAAGAAAGUCCUCAUUUGUCCCAGGGGCAAAAAUGACAACGGACGAAAGUUGGCGCUAUACGGCAAGACGUAUGGGUAUCCAUCGUUUCCGAAAAAUGCGCUACACCAAUGGGAGGGUAUCGAAGGCAACAAAUGGGAUGACAUUUCACGCUACUGGGGCAAUACGUCCAUGUCAUGCUCCGACUGGGAGGUCGACGCCCUGCGGCCGCACGACACCGCGUGGAUCAGGGGCGCAAACGGCAAGUUAGAGGAGGUCCGGGCCAAAUAUGAGACCGAGCACGUCUUCGAAGGCCAGCUCAUCGGCGACUUCUUCACGGAGUGGCUAAACAAGGGCAAGAUUGUAAAUCAGAGGCCGACUCCACAAAACCCUACGCCCAAGGUACCCUGUGCCUGGACCGAACAAUGGAUUCUGAGAGAAGACGAUUCAUAUCCUUGGCGGCUGGACGGCGACCAGAGGGCCUUCAUCUACCUACUGCUUGCUGAGCUCGGCAACGCCUCUCACCUUGACCGCCUCACAAUCUUCAAAGCCCGGCCAAACGGUAUGAAGGGGUCCAUGUUUGGGGGCAAACAGUCGUCAGCUCUCAGCGCAUACACAAAAAUGUCAGCUGAGCAGAAGCUCCUUGCCACCAAGGAGAUGGGCAUGGUGUUUGAGUACAUGAAUAACCCGAUAAUUUGGAAAAAGUUCUGUGAUACCUAUGAGGCGCUGUACGAGUUGUUUGGGGAAUUCGAUACCUUUUAUGCCCAGCACGGCACCGGUUCCACAAUCCCCUCACUCCAGAAGGAGUGGAAAGAGUUUAUGGAGGUAGUCUUGACCUCGCUGGUGGCCCGGUCCAAGGCUGCAUUUGAGAUUCAUACCAUUAUAGCUUUUGGAGGAAUAUUCACCUUUGAUCCCAGCAUGUUGGUUCAUGGAAUCCACUGGGUGAAGAACAUUGCAGUGAACCAGCCCAAGAUUCGCAUCGAUGGGACGUGCCCGAACCUCGGACCGACUGACAACGGGGCUUAA